AUGUGGGGUAUUGACUUCAUAGGAGAGAUAGAAAACAAAUAUAGUGGUGGGCCUAAAUGGAUUUUGGUUGCUACUGACUACUUUACUAAAUGGGUUGAGGCUAUCCCUACGAGACAGGCUACAAGCAAAGUGGUGACAAAGUUUCUCUUAGAAAAUAUUCUAACCAUAUUUGGAGUACUUCAGAAGAUUGUAGUAGACAAUGGGAUGUGUUUCAGAUCCAAGGAAUUCUCUAAUUUCUGUGAAAAUUAUGGUAUCACUUUAUCUUACUCAUCACCUUACCAUCCCCAAGGAAAUGGACAAGUAGAAUCAAGAAACAAGAACUUGCUGAAGAUUAUCAGAAGGAUAUUGGGUGAUAAUAAAAAGGCUUGGGACUCAAAAUUAGUCUUAGCAGUAUGGACUGAUAGAGUGACAAUCAAGAAGUCCAUAGGAUUUUCCCCAUAUGAGCUUGUAUAUGGCAAGGAAGCAAGAUUUCCCUUAAAUAAUUUGCUUCCAGUUUAUAAAUUUGUUACAGAAAAAUGUUUGGAAGAAGUAAACUUCAUGGGGGACAAAUUGAUGGCUUUAGCUGAGCUGGAUGAAUGUAGAUGA